AUGCACAAGAACCAGGCGUACUUCGAAAAUAAUGAUGAAAAUAAUGAGCGACCUAAAUGUCUGCCACGUCGUUGGAUCAUCGCCAUAUCUUUGAUCGUUUUAGCAAUUGUUGUAGUCACUCUCUCUCUGUUAUUAAAAUUUGUCAUUCUUAAGCCAGUGGAGUCGAAAACUAGCGUGACUACAACAAUAGUAACAGCAACAUCACACUUAACAACACCAUUACCAACAACAGAAGCAUCCUUUACAACAACACUACCAUCAUCCACGAUAACAACAACACCACCAACAACAAUAAUAACAACAACACCAAUCAUAACUACAACCACUACUCAUCAGUCAAGUAAGCUUUAGAGUAACGCUUCUAUCUAGCUAAAUGCUACUUUUAAAUUAUGUAUAUGUAGUUGCUUUGCAUUUCGUGUUACUCAGCAUAUAGCUAACUGUUAAAUUAAAAGGACAAGUGAUCUCGUCGUGAGUAAUGCAGCUUUUGCCAUAAGAAAAAUUGAAGCGAGAGCAAGACUCUGUUAGAGUCUGAUGUUAUGACUCAUGAUCGCGACUAAGCAGCGUGAUGGAAUAUCAGCAGAACGGAGAAAAAGAUACGAAUUCGCGGGACUCGAACCACUCACCUUCUGCUUACCGGGCAGAUGCACUACCAUUAUACCAGAAGGGAUAUCUCCACUCCGUUUUACGGCCGUAGGGGAACACUACGGACGUAACAGACUCGUAUUAAUUUCUUUCCUCGCUAUCGAUAAUUGUUUCGUGUAAUCGCUAUCUAAUGGGUAGGCCGAAAGGACGGGGAGCACAAGACCACGAAAUGGCUCAUUGUAGUUUUUGUUCCCAAUCAAGUCGAAUUAUAUAGGAGACGAAAGCCCUCGUUUAGGCCGACGUUUUAACACUAAACUCAUUGGGUAAGUAUUGAGAUUCAGUAGCCAUAGGAUCAUCCACAAAGUGUCAUAAUUUGGCUGUAGUACUUCGAAUACACCUUCAUCUUCUGAAACAGUUUUGUCUUCGAAAAUGGAAUGGACAUUUUUUCUGGCAUAAUCCAUUCGAUAGCCCUUUUGAAGGGCUACAAAAAUAUAUGUUUUUUAAACUCAAAAAUUACUGACCACGUGAGAAAUUCUCAAGCCCACUACCUUUGAGUUGUUUUCUUAGUUUUUUGCAUGGUAUUUCGUAGAUUUCUAUUAGAAGACGACGGCUUAUAGUUAAUAUAAUACCAUAUUUGGAAUCAGCAUAAAAAACUCAGUCGACUAACAUGUUUCAAAUGUUUUCGCGAACUAGUUUUCGCCGAAAAAUUCGCCCCUAGUUCCCCUCGGUAGGUUAUCAUUUACCACAAAUCAGGUUCCCUGAAUUCAUCCCUAAAUGAAAUCUACAUUGUGAAUAAUUAAUCAAUUAACAUUUAUACUGGUAACCAAAUAGGGAUUUUAAUUUGGGGAUUUUUCAAUUUAGGGUUUUUUUUGAAUAUAAUACAUGCAAUACAUAUUGUGAUCAAGUGCCAUCUUGCUUCUACCAUACUAGAAAUCUUGUACCAUGGAAACCAAGGAUUUUAGCAAAAAUUGUUUUGCCAGUAAGUCUACUGUAGUCACCAGAAAUAGAAUAAACACAAGGAUGAAGAUCAUUAGUAGAUAGUCGAGCAAACUGAGUUCAUCAAGAAAAGAAAUAUAACUAUAUUUUCUGGUCACCUGAAAUGAAAUAAAUACGAGAAUGAAGAUGGAUAGAAGAGACUCGGGCGAACAAAUCUUAUAUAGAAACAGAAUAAAGCGUUGCUUUCUCGUCACAGAAAAUAAUAAUUAUGGAAGUGAACCUGCUCAUAUUACUCUGAUCCGUAGAAGUUGAGUUAUGGAAAAUAAGAUAGAUUAUCAAUUCGCUAGACUAUUUUCUAGUAAAUAAUGUUUUCGUUCUGCGCCGUCGAAACAGAAUAGUCACAAAAGGUCAUUUUGUGGUCGGCAGUACGGACUAUUUGUAUUUAAUCCAUAGACCAGACUAAACUUUUAUUUGAACAGAAAUAGACUUUGUGUUACGCUUUUAAUUUCAAGUUGAAAGCUUAUAGUUCAUCGAAACAUGUGUUUCUACAGAAUGUACUUAUUUUCAUACACUACACAUUGACAAUACAUCGUUGUCUAUUCUCCAUUUGCAUAAUAUGGAAGGAGCAGGAAAAAAUGAAAUUUAAACUUCUAUGCAAGCCAACCCAGGUGAAUGAAUCCGACGACGAAUCCGAUCGGAAUCCGGGUUGUGGACCCACUAACGGAUUCCGACGAGAUUACUAUCCAGGUCAAAGACGUACGGCGGGAAACUGCAGGAAAACACCGGAAAUCGCGGGAACAUGGAAGCAGUAUUUCCACCGGAAAUUUUUCGGAUUUUUUCGGUAGAUUCCGACCGACUUUCUGUGCUUUCCAGCAGGAACUGGCCGGAAGUCACCGGAAAAAAUCCGAAAAAUUUCCGACCGGAAUACUGCUUCCAUGUUCUCGCGAUUUGCUGCAGGAUACGGUGAGUUUUCCCGCAUUUACCUGCUGGUUCCUGCGGCAUCCGUUUACUGGAAUCAUUGACCUGGGUAUAGGCUCCUAUCGUAUUUUGAUUGGUUCCUGCAAGAUCCGAUCGAAUUCCAACACUAGGGAUCGGUGAGUGGGUCCACAACCCGGAUUCCCAUAGAAUCCUGUAGGAAUCGAUCGAAAUGCAUCGGAUUCGAUGGGAUCCAACUGUCGGAUUGCUCGUCCUGGGUAAUACAAAUAAUGAGUAUAACACAAUUCUGGUGGCCAGAAUAGACUUACUGGUAAAACAAUUUUCGCUAAUUUCAACCUUAUAAGCGCAAAGAAAACCUUUUCUGUAAUCAAAUUGGCUGAGAGCCUUAAUCUAUCACCCAAUUGGAUUUCAGCAUGGUUUUUCUUAGCUACGGCGCGGACGAAAAGUGGUAUGUUCGGGCCAAUGUAGAAGUUAUUCGGUGUUUUCUAUUAUCUGGCUUGAGCGAUACUGUGUUUUAUCUGUACCGGACUAGAG